UCCUUUCCACUUCCUUCUCCUUGAAUAAGAAGCUGUAACUGCAUUUUUGGCCGUAAUGUCUGGACGCGGAAAGCAGGGAGGCAAAGCUCGCGCCAAGGCCAAGUCGCGCUCGUCCCGAGCCGGCCUGCAAUUCCCGGUGGGCCGAGUGCACCGCCUGCUGCGCAAGGGCAACUACGCCGAGCGGGUGGGGGCCGGCGCGCCGGUGUACCUGGCAGCGGUGCUGGAGUACCUGACGGCGGAAAUCCUGGAGCUGGCGGGGAACGCGGCCCGCGACAACAAGAAGACGCGCAUCAUCCCCCGCCAUUUGCAGCUAGCCGUGAGAAAUGACGAAGAGCUCAACAAGUUACUCGGGGGUGUCACCAUUGCCCAGGGCGGCGUCUUGCCCAAUAUACAGGCGGUCUUGUUGCCCAAGAAAACGGAGAGUCACAAGCCUGGCAAGAACAAGUAAUUAGGAAGCUUGAGACCAUCCCCACU